AUGAACUACGGGGACCGCUACACCUCCUCGUCCUACCGGAGGCUCUUCGGGGACUCCUCCCGGUUCCCCGUCUCUCCGUCCCGCACCGGCAGCCCGUCCUCUCGGUUCCCCCCGGGGCUCAGGUCCAUGGCGGCGUCCCGCAGCCACGCGUCGUCGCUCAGCUUGUACCGGAGGACGGGACGGUCCUCCUCGUUCUCUCCGGGGCCCCACGACUCCAUGGACCUGACCCAGACUUCAGUCGUCAACAACGAACUCAAAGUCAUUCGAACCAACGAGAAGGAGCAGCUGCAGGGUCUGAACGAUCGCUUCGCCAUGUUCAUCGAUAAAGUGCGUCACCUGGAGCAGCAGAAUAAAGUGCUGGAGACGGAGCUGUUGACCCUGCGGCAGAAGCAAAACGAGCCGUCCCGCGUCGCUCACGUCUACCAGCAGGAGAUGAGGGACAUGAGGUCACAGCUGGACGACUUGAGCAGGGAAAGGAACCAUAUCCUGAUCGAGAGGAACAACAUAGAGGACGAGCUGCAGAAACUCAACGUGAAGUUUGAUGAGGAGGUGAUCGCACGGGAGGAAGCAGAGCAGACCUUGAAGUCUUUCAGGAAGGACGUGGAUGACGCUGCAGUCAUUCGCCUGGACCUGGAACGCCGGGUGGAGUCGCUGACGGACGAAAUCACCUUCCUGAGGAAGGUGCACGACGAGGAGAUCCAGGAGCUGAGCAACCUGAUGGAGUCACAGCAGGUCUCCGUGGAGCUGGAGGUCGCCAAACCCGACCUCACCUCAGCUCUGAAGGAGAUCCGCAACCAGUACGAGUCCAUCGCCUCCAGGAACCUGCACUCGGCCGAGGAGUGGUACAAGAGCAAGUUUGCCAGCCUCAACGAGCAGGCGACCAGGAGCAACGAGGCCAUGAGGGCCAGCAGGGAGGAGAUCAACGAGUUCAGGAGGCAGCUGCAGUCCAAGACCAUCGAGAUCGAGACCAUGAGGGGCACCAACGAGUCCCUGGAGAGGCAGAUCGCAGAGAUGGAGGAUGGACACAAUGCUGAAGUCACAUCCAUGCAGGACACGAUUGGCCACCUGGACUCUGAGCUGAGGAACCUGAAGGGUGAGAUGGCCCAGCACCUGAGGGAGUACCAGGACCUGCUCAAUGUCAAGAUGGCCCUGGACAUAGAGAUCGCUGCCUACAGGAAACUGCUGGAGGGGGAGGAGACUCACUUUAACUCAGGGGUGUCUUUCGGUGCUGCCAGCUUCAACUAUCAGCCUCGAGCCUCCGCCAGCUCCUCCAGGAGCAGCCAGAGGGAGAAAGAAGGAGGCACCAAGGAAAGCUUCAAGGAGAUCAGCGAGGACAAAGAUGAAGCAGACAUCAACUCCAACAACUGA